GUCAACUCUUCUAUCACUCUAUCAACUCUUUCAACGCUUCUGAUCAUCACCUACAACAUGGCCUCCCUCGCCCCAUCUCCUCAAGCCAUUGGCGUAUUCUCUCAGUUCAUCGCUCAAGGCCCAGAGACGCUUGUUAUGAAGGAAAAGGUCAUGUCUCUCACCGGCGACAGCUUCAGCAUCAAGCUCGCAAACGGUACGCCCCUGUUGAAAGUCGAGGGCAAAGUCAUGAGCAUCUCAGGACGAAAGAAGAUGUUUGACAUGCAAGGCAACCACAUAUGCAGCCUUGUCAAGGAGCAUUUCCACAUCCACACGACGUUUGCAGUGGAGGAUCCCAGUGGUGCGAAGAUCAUGGAGGUGAAGAGUAAUUUCAAGUUGUUCGGAAGCAAGGCAACUGCAACCUUUACCUCGCAAAGCGGAAAGCAGGAGACUCUUGUUAUGCAUGGCAACUAUUUCGAUACCAGCGCUGAUAUUAUUGAUGAAGCACAGGGGGGCUUCAUCGUCGCACGUAUCAACCGCAAAAUCCUCAGCGGCAAAGAUAUACUUUUCGGCCAGCAAACAUACGGCGUGCAGAUUGCACCGGGUGUAGAUAUGGCGCUCAUUGCUGCUCUCUGCAUCUGCCUGGAUGAGAAGAACAACGAGCAAUCAGGCUAAAUACCCCCUAUUGUUUCCAUGACGAAUGAAUGAGUCUUUUUACCAUUUCCUCGAUUGCUUCCUUCUCUUUGUCGUCACAACGCAUGAAGUGGUCUGGGAUUGAAUACAUCCCAGGCAUACUAGUUAAUGAUAACGAAUACCAAACAUCUCGCCCAUCGGGCAACUUAGCCCAA